UUGAGUGACUGGCAUCAACCAACCCUAGCUGUUCUUCUAACAAGAUUUUUCUGUUACAUUACACUGGAGACUGGCCUCGCACAUGGAGUCUGAGAAAAAGAUCUACAAGUACAAGAAAGUGCUGAGUAAUCCAAGCCGCUUAGAGGUGGUCCUGAAAGAAAUCCGGAGUUUGGUGGACAUGGCGCUAACUUCCCCUUUGCAGGAUGAAUCCAUCCAUCAAGCUCCUUUAGAAAUUGUUUCCAAGUUGCUUUCAGAGGCAACCAAUCUAACUGCUCAAGAGCAUGAAAAUAUUAUUGUGGUAAGUUACAAAAACUCUUUUCUUGGGAAGGGGGGGAUAAUGAGUCUCCUUAUUUGGCUAUUUGCCUUCUUGGCUACAUUGGAAAGAGGUGCAAAAGAUGUUUUGUGUGUGUUUGUGUUUUCCUCACUUGAACCUUCCUUUCUCCUUCAGGUUCACAUUUUAAUGGGCUCCUGCUACAAGACAAAAAAGUUUCUGCUUUCCUUGGCUGAGAACAAACUGGGCCCCUGCAUGUUGCUGGCACUGAGAGGCAACCAAACCAUGGUGGAGAUCCUUUGCCUGAUGCUGGAGUACAACAUCAUUGAGAACAAGGACACGCAGCUUCAGAUCAUCUCAACCCUCGAGAGCACUGAUGUGGGGAAGAAAAUGUACGAGCAGCUUUGCGACCGACAGAGGGAACUCAAAGAGCUGCAAAGGAAAGGCGGCCCCACCAGGCUAACACUGCCAUCAAAAUCCACGGAUGCGGACCUGGCUCGUCUCUUAAGCUCGGGCUCUUUUGGGAAUUUGGAGAACCUCAGCCUGGCCUUCACCAACGUCACAAGUGCCUGUGCAGAGUAUCUAAUUAAACUGCCUUCACUCAAGCAGCUGAACCUGUGGUCCACUCAGUUUGGGGAUGCAGGUUUGCGGCUCCUCUCUGAACACCUCACAAUGCUUCAAGUGGUCAACUUGUGUGAAACGCCAGUUACCGAUGCUGGACUGCUGGCCCUGAGCUCCAUGAAAAGCCUCUGUAGUUUAAACAUGAACAGCACCAAGCUCUCAGCAGACACCUACGAAGACCUCAAGGCUAAACUGCCCAAUUUGAAGGAAGUGGACGUUCGCUACACUGAAGCUUGGUGAAAAAAA